CCAAUUAUGAAGAGUUCAAACUUACCAAAAACAGAGCACCACCGGGUAAAGCAAUGGCAACUCUCAAUCUCUUUCUCUCUCCAAAAUUCACCUCACCUCUCUCAAAGUCAAAACAUUCCAUCACAUAAACUCCGCCCACGCAAAUUUACAAACUUAAUUUCAUAAAGUUUAUCCAAAAAUGUCAUCGCCGGCGCCCUCUUCGCCUCCGACAAACACCACCGCCCCACCGCCCGCCGCCACCUCACCUCCGCCGCCCACUCCCACAAGUCCUCCACCACCUUCGCCUUCGCCUCCGCCUCCGAUACCGCCAACUUCAGCGCCGCCUCCUACCACCUCCUCCCCGCCGCCACCGGUACCGUCAGCUCCUCCUCCGUCGACGCCUACAACCCCGGCAAGCCCCCCCCCACCGCCCAUCACCACCCCAUCGCCGCCUGCCCCGACCGUUCCAUCUGGAUCCCCUCCGUCUCCGCCGGCGCCCUCCGGCGGCGUCUCUCGCUCACCGCCGACUAGUAGUCGAUCUCCGCCGCCGCCUUCGAAAGACUCGGGGUCAUCGACGGGGUUGGUGGUUGGGAUUGCUCUGGGAGGCGUUGCAUUGGCAGUGAUUCUGAUCUUGCUGUUUAUAUUCUGCAAGAAGAAGAAGAAGAGAGUGCAGCAACAUGACUAUUACGUGCCUCCGCCGCCUCUUCCCUAUAAAGCUGAUCACUAUGCUGGCCAAGUACAAAAUUGGCAAAGCAAUGCUCCUCCUCAUCAUGCUGUUUCAAUGCCGCCUGUUGGUGCUUCGAGGCCUCCACUCUCACCUUCUCCUUACAUGAGCAGCAGUGGAGGUUCUGGUUCCAAUUACUCAGGCUCUGAAACGCCCCUUCCGCCGCCUUCACCUGGCAUGUCUUUAGGCUUCUCGAAGAGCACAUUCACAUACGAAGAGCUGGCAAUGGCAACGCAGGGAUUCUCGGACGCCAAUCUGCUUGGGCAGGGAGGCUUCGGUUACGUGCAUAAGGGAGUCCUUCCGAAUGCUAAGGAGGUCGCAGUUAAGCAGCUCAAGGCUGGAAGCGGACAAGGGGAGCGUGAGUUCCAGGCGGAGGUCGAGAUCAUUAGCAGAGUGCAUCACAAGCAUCUCGUCUCUUUGGUUGGAUACUGCAUCACCGGAGUUCAGAGAAUGCUCGUCUACGAGUUUGUUUCAAACAAUACCUUGGAAUUCCACCUUCAUGGUAAGGGAAGACCAGUGAUGGAUUGGGCAAUGAGGUUGAAGAUUGCUCUAGGUUCAGCAAAAGGACUUGCAUAUCUACAUGAGGAUUGUCAUCCAAAGAUCAUCCAUAGGGAUAUCAAGGCCUCUAAUAUUCUUCUGGAUUUUAACUUUGAAGCAAAGGUUGCAGAUUUUGGUCUUGCAAAGUUGACUUCUGAUGCAAAUACUCAUGUCUCUACAAGAGUGAUGGGAACUUUUGGGUAUCUGGCUCCAGAGUAUGCUGCCUCUGGAAAGCUAACUGAAAAGUCUGAUGUGUUCUCUUAUGGUGUUAUGCUUCUCGAGUUGAUCACUGGACGCAGGCCUGUCGACUCAAAUCAAACUUACAUGGAUGAUAGUUUAGUCGACUGGGCGAGGCCGUUAUUGACUCGCGCUCUUGAUGAUGGGAGCUAUGAUUCUCUCAUCGAUAGAAGGCUGGGAAGUGAUUAUAAUAGGAAUGAGAUGGCUCGGUUGGUGGCGUGUGCUGCUGCCUGUGUCCGUCAUUCUGCAAGGCGUCGCCCGAAAAUGAGCCAGGUGGUGAGGGCCUUGGAAGGAGACGUGUCGCUGUCGGAUCUGAACGAAGGGAUCACGCCUGGACACAGCACUGUGUACAGUUCGAAUGGAAGCACAGACUAUGAUGCAGCGCAAUACAACGAGGACAUGAAGAAGUUCAGGAAAAUGGCGCUGGGCACGCAGGAGUACGGAAGCAGUGGCCUAUACAGCAAUCCGACAAGCGAAUACGGGUUGAACCCGUCUGGCUCGAGCAGUGAAGGCCAACAAACAAGAGAAUUGGAGAUUGGAAGGAGAUGAAAAGACAUUGAAGGUUUCAGCAGUGGUGGUGCUUGACACAUUCCUUAACAUCAACCGUGUAUGUUCAUGCAAGAUUUCAAGGAUUGCAUGUUUUGCCUUUUUCAAUACCUAAUUUUUUAAAUUCUUCUUUUUUCUUACUAAUAUUAAAUUGUAUUUAUAAUGUGUUAUAAAAAGCUCAUACAUAUUCUUUUAAAGAAUUUUUUGGCUUUGUUUAAA